CAGAUUUUCUCUGGCAAUCAUUACAAAUAACACAGUUAACCAUGAAUCGCUGGGAAGGAAAAGUUGCCAUCGUAACCGGCGCUAGCUCCGGUAUUGGAGCAGCAAUCGCCGAAGAUCUCGUCAAAUUUGGAGUUAUUGUGGCAGGUAUGGCGCGUCGAGUCGAUAGGAUGAAGGAAAUGUCCGAACGGUUUGCUAAGUACCCAGGAAAGUUCCAUGCACUCAAAACAGAUUUAGCAAGCACAGACGAAAUUCUCGCAUCACUGAAAUGGGUGAAAGACAAUUUGGGCCCUAUUCAUAUUCUAGUGAACAACGCCGGUUUCCUCGCAGAAGGUGGCACCUUCAAUGCCGAUCUGGAUGUUUGGAAGUCGCAAAUGGACACUAUGCUCUUAGCCCCGUGCAUUUUGAGUCAAGAGUCCAUCAAGGACAUGAUUGCCAAUAAUGUGGAUGGGCAUAUUGUCAACGUGAACAGUAUCUACGGACACGUGGUCAAUCAUCCGUAUGGCUUGGAGAUGGGAAUCUAUCCAGCCGUUAAACACGGAAUAAGUGCCAUCACCGAAACCACCAGACAGGAGUUGGUGAUGAAAGGAAAGAAAAUUAAAAUUUCCGCAAUUUCACCAGGAUUAACGGGAUCCGAACUCUUCAAAGUUGAUAUCUCUCAAAUUCCGCAGGUGAAGUGUUCCGAUAUCUCCGAUGCUGUGAUGUACAUACUUGCCACACCCCCGCACGUACAAAUCCACGAUCUUAUUAUCAAGCCAGUUGGAGAGACUAUUUAGAUUUAAUCUUACAAUAAUAAAAAUACAAU